AUGGCUCUCCGUCCGUGCAAGGUCCUAAUCGUGGGAGGUGGAAUCGCUGGUCUCGCCCUUGCUCUUAUGCUGGAAAACAAUGCCGUUGACUAUGUGUUACUUGAGGCAUACCCAAAGAUUGUGACAGAUGUUGGGGCUGGUAUCUGCAUGAUGCCUAACGGUCUCCGAAUCCUUGAUCAGUUGGGCUGCUAUGAGGAUCUACUCAGUCAUACCCAGACUUCCGUUACUGAUAUAUCCUGGCGAGAUCUAGAAGGCAAGGUACUAGGCUCGGUAGAUGGGUCGGUAUUGAAUGAAAGAUAUGGUUAUCAUGCUCUGUGUAUGGACCGCCAGGGGCUGCUCGCGACUCUUUACGGCCGGAUCUCAGACAAAUCAAAGUUGUUGACUCAGAAGCGUGUCGCAACAGUUGAACACGCCGAGAGCUGCGUCGAGGUCACCACGACAGAUGGCUCUAUAUACCGCGGUGACAUUCUUGUCGGAGCCGAUGGGACCCACUCCUGUAUCAGACAGGAAAUGACUCGGUUGGCAAGAAACCUUCGGAUCCAGGAUGACUACAAUGAUGAGCCACCUGCAACCUAUUCCUGCGUCUUCGGCGUGUCAACUGGAAUUCCUGGAAUCGCCCCUGGCUGUCUUGAUUUUGUAGUAAACCACCAGUCCUCAUACGUCAUUGGAAGUGGACCUGAAAACCGGACGUACUGGUUUCUGAUGUCCAAUAUGGGGAAGACAUUCUACGGCGCAGAUAUCCCUCGAUUAGACAACAAAGAACUAGACGCCCUUGCUCAAAAGCACUGGAAUGACCACAUUACGCCUGACGUGCGAUUCUCAGAUCUCUACAAGAACAGGAUGUCGACUAUAUACACUCCUAUGCGUGAAUGCGUGGACAGAAAAUGGCACUUGAACCGAGUUAUGCUCAUUGGAGAUGCCGUUCACAAGUCUCAUGGAGGUUUUAUCGCAACCAUCCUCGUGGGGUGCACCAUCAAUGACAGAGCUGCACAGCAUCUUUCAGAAGGUCCAGGAUCUCCGCGCCCCGAGAUUGUCCCAGUUGAUGGAGAUGGCCCAUUUUCGGCAGCGAAUGGACGCUAUGGAGACCCCGGAACUCAGAGAUACUGUUUUGAACAGGUUCUCAAAAUUAUUACCGGUAGUAAUAGAGCGAUGGGACACGACCUUUCUCCCGGCGGUCUCGUUGAGAAUGCUUGA